AUGGAAAUUUCUAAACCCUCCUUUCCAGAAAAUGCUUUUGAUGCCCCAAUUACAAGGCCAGAAAACCAUGUAACAGAUAAUUCAGCUUCAAAUUUGUCAGUUGGCAUUGAUCAAACUCAAACGGAUCACCAGGGUACACUGAUGGAAGAUUCUACUACUCAAGGAAUACAUAGUCCCAAUGAAAAGCUAUCUCAAAAUACUAUUUCUCCUGCAAUUUCACCUAGUCAUAUCGAGAACGUAAUCGCUCCUCGUGCUUCCGAUCCGAUGGUCGAGACUUGUGAAACUGAGCUUCUGGUAUCACCCAGUGAACUCUCUUUACCUCGUGUUGCUGUUGGAUGUAGACAAAAAUCUGAAGAUGCCAAUUAUGUUGUCAAUGGUGACAAUAACAUAAUUUUGCCUUCUGAUAAGAACCAAUCUCAAAGUAAUCACCACAUGCAACCAACCACCGGUCCUACUGAACCCCAUCUUCCGGCCAACGCCAUUAACAUCAGAUCAUUACAAGAUACUUCGGAUGGAAAAAGGAGUCGAGGUGAUGAUUCUCUUUUCAGCUCACAUGCUCUUCUUGGUGGCAUUGUUCUAUCUUCUCCCAAUGCUGAUCACUCUAAUCAGGCCGAACCAUUAGAUGCUAAAAACAUGGAUCAUGUAGCUAAAUUCAAUCUUAUGUUGCCUCAUCAAAGGAUCAUCAAUUCUUCGGUUGAGUCCCCAAGAUUCAUUAAGGAAGGUUCUUUCAACGGAAGAAUUCAUAUCGAUACAGCUGCACCUUUCGAAUCUGUUAAGGAAGCUGUUUCCAAGUUUGGAUCAAUUGUUGAUUGGAAAGCUCAUAAAGUGCAAAGCAUUGAGAGACGCAAGCUUGUAGAGCAAGAACUUGAUAAAAUACACGAGGAGUUGCCUGAAUACAAGAAACAUUCAGAGGAAGUAGAAGAGGCAAAGAUUAAAGCAUUAAAGGAGCUGGACAACACAAAGAGGUUGAUAGAAGAGAUGAAGAUAGGCCUGGAGAGAGCACAAACUGAAGAAAAUCAGGCAAAACAAGAUUCUGAGCUUGCAAAGCUCAGGAUGGAGGAGAUGGAGCAAGGAAUUGCUAAUGAGGCUAGCGUUGCAGCGAAAGCACAGCUCGAGGUUGCUAAAUCCAGGCAUGAAGCUGCAGUUUCGGAGCUCAAAACUGUUAUUAAUGACCUGGAAGCGAUACGAAAGGAAUACGAUUCGUUGAUGAUAGAGAGAGAUAUAGCUGUUAAGAAAGCUGAAAAAGCUGUUUCAGCGUCGAAAGAGGUCGAGAAGAUGGUGGAAGAUUUUACCAUUGAACUCAUUACCACAAAGGAAUCCUUAGAAUCUGCACAUGCUGCCCAUUUGGAGGCAGAAGAGAGAAGGAUUACAGUAGCCGUGGCCCGAGACCAAUAUACACUCCAAUGGAAGAAGGAUCUAAAACUGGGUGAAGAAGAACUUCAGAGAAUCAAUCAACAAGUGAAUUAUACAAAAGAGCUGAAAUCAAAGAUGGACACUUCUUCAGCUUUGCUACUUGAUUUGAAAGCUGAACUAGCUGCUUAUAGGGCAUGUAAAUUUAAGCAGACAACUGAUAGAGACUCCAACGAUGAGCCAGAGAAAUCAGAGGGAAGACCUCACACUGAUAUGCAAGCAGCAAUUACUUCAGCAAAGAAGGAACUUAAAGAGAUGAAGCACAAUAUAGAAAAAGCAUAUGCGGAAGUGGAUUCGUUGAAGGCGACUGUUCAUUCAUUAAAAUCAGAGCUUGAAAAGGAGAAGCCUAAGUUGGAAAAAACUCAGUCAGAAGCCACCGUAGUCCAGCCAGAGAAGAUGACAGAGCUGCCCAAAGAACUGCAGCAAGCAGCCCAAGAGGCUGAGAAGGCCAAGUCAUUUGCUCAAAUGGCUCGUGAAGAGCUCUGCAAAGCAAAGGAAGAAGCAGAGCAGGCAAAAGCUGGAGCAAGUAGCAUAGAGAGUAGAUUACUUGUGACACAAAAGGAAACUGAAGCUGCCAAGGUUUCAGAGAAGCUAGCUUUAGCUGCCAUCAAAGCACUGCAAGCGAGUGAAUCAGCACAUAACACCAAUAAUGUCGAUUCAUCCAGUGGUGUAACACUGUCCGUAGAGGAGUACUAUGACCUCAACAAACGUGCAUAUGAGUUAGAGGCACAAAUCAACACGAGGAUGGCAGCUGUUAAGUCUCGAAUUGAGGUAGCUAACCAGUCCCAGUCAAAAAGCUUGGGAAAGCUGGAAGAAGUAAACAAAGAGAUGUAUGAAAGAAAGGAAUUACAAAGAAUUGCUAUGGAAAGGGCUCAGAAGGCCAAACAAGGUAAGUUAAGAGUGGAGCAGGAGUUGAGAAAUUGGAGGGCUAAACAUGAGCAACAACGAAUGGCUACUGAAUCGAACCAUGGACAACACGCUCCAAGCAUAAGUUUGGAGGAAUAUAAAGAAACGAACAACAUCGAGCCUGCAAGUCCACCUGCUGAUCCUCCGGCCAAAACAAAGAAUAAAUUAACUGAACCAGCACCAGAACCAAAGCCAAAGAAAAAGAAAAAGACAAUCUUCCCAAAGAUAUUCAUGUUUUUUAAUAGAAAAAAGUCCAAGACCUAGUAAGUCUUCAAUGAAGGGCUUUGUUAUCUUUGCUGUUGUGAUUUCACCCGCCUUUUUUUAUUGGUUUAUCACGGCUGCUAUAAACAAAUUUUAA